AUGGAUGUAGCGUUUUAUCCAUCAGAAUAUGAACGAUAUGCGCUUUACCCUCCUGAUGUAUUUCAGGAGUACAUGCAGAUGCUUGGAAUCGAUGCAGACGAGCACUUGAUCCUUUAUGCUCGAGAGAUGUGCGGAGGAAUGCUUCAUGCUGCUAAAAUUGCCUGGUUGUUGAAGUCAUAUGGUCACGAAAAGGUAUCUCUUGUUGAUGGCGGGUUCGACGAAUGGGUAAAAAAGGGUCAUCCAGUCAGCAAAGAUGACGUUAAACUGCAACGUGGAACGUGGAAGGCGACCGAUAACGUGGCCAAGUGCAACAUCAAAUUCGAACAACUGGAAGAACAACAUGGGGAUAGGAAAUACAUCGAGUGGACGGAUGAUAUAAACCUGCUCGAUGCUCGAGGUCGCGGUAAUUUUGAAGGCACUGUUCCCUCCACUCCACCACCAGGAGUGAGAGGUACCCAUAUUCCUGGUUUCAAGAAUUUCCCAGCAGCGGAGUUGGUCGAGGAGGGCCUAAUGCGAGACAACGACGAAAUCCGCAGCUGGCUCGAGGUGCACGGUUUCAAAUCGGAUCGGUCAACGGUCAUAAUGUGCGGGGUUGGUAUACAAUCUGCAAUGCUUGCAUACGCAAUAGAAGGCAUAUUUCCACACAAUCCUAUCCAAGUUUACAAUGGAUCUCUUAGAGAAAUGGAAAUUCGCGCAACCGAAGAGAGUGACGGGAGUCAUCGAGAACAUUUGAUAGCUCUUGUACUGACGGUUUUUGCCUCUCGUACACGUUAA